AUGUCCGCGCAGAACGGCGGAAUCAUCAUCGACUGGCGACAGGCGAUGCCCCCCGAUUCCCCGGCGGUGGAGUCGGAGGUCGUCGGCUCAUCCUCUCCGUCCGUUACGCCAUGUCCCGCGGCGGCGGCGCAUGCCGACGCCGACGCCGACAGCGACCAUGGCGGAGGCACGGCGGAAUUCUUGCACAUGAAUGAUCAACAAUUACAGGUCCGUAUUAGCCGCUGCGAAGGGAUGGCGAAGCAGGGUAUACUCCAGAGGACGCCGGAUGGUGGCGAGAAGAUGCAGGCACGCGUCCUCCGGAUGAAGAAGGAGCUGGAACGACGGAGGGCCAGACAGUGGAAGGAUGACAUGGUUUUGAGACAGGCAGUGCAAGCUAAGUGUACUGGUGGCAGCAGGGGCGAAAUCUUCGACUUCAAGUCUAAUGAUGAAACCAUGGACAGUACGGCUAGCGAAUACUAUCUAAACUCAAGUUGUACUACAUCUACAAAGACCUAUACCCAGGUUAAGGGAUCUGCAUAUAAAGAACGAAGUUCUUUAAGCCAUGCCAAAUGUGCUUACCCAAAGAAUGGUGGUCAAAUAUCAAAAGAGUCGUUGAGUCCUCAACUAAAAACUUGCGCUCAUCUUCCAAAGAGCCGCACCAUAAAUGAACAGGAGAAUAGCACUGUCGUUAAACGCCUCAAUGCUACCUUUGGUAGUAACAGGAGGUCGAACCUUGCCAAAAAUAAGCCCUCGCCUUCUUUGAAGAUUAAAAAGGAUGUAGUUCUCUUGGAUGACGAUGAUGAUACAGAGCCUGCUAGAUCAGCUGAUGUUCAGAUAUCUAACAAGUGGGAUGAGUCAAAGAUCCACUAUCCUUCAAGCACUGAUCCAGAAGCGGUUGAACUGAGCUACUCUGACAUGAAAUGUCUUGAACCAGAAGAAUAUUUAAAAUCACCUGUUAUAAAUUUUUGUCUUCAGUACCUCAAGAAAUCAAGACCUCCCAGGGAUUUAUACAUGUUUAACACCUAUUUUUACAGCAAACUUGAAGAAGCACUAUCCACACCGGGUGACCAUGACUCAAAAUUCAGCAAGUUACGGAGAUGGUGGAGAAGUGUAGAUAUUUUUAAGAAAGCAUACAUAAUUUUGCCGAUUAAUGAAUCGAUGCACUGGAGCUUGAUCAUUGUUUGCAUGCCUACAAAAGAGGCAGAUUCCGGGCCAAUAAUGCUUCACUUGGACUCUCUUGGUAUUCACUCCAGUCAGAAGCUUUUUGACAUUGUUAGGAGGUAUAUUCAAGCAGAAUGGCGGCACCUACAGAAGGAUUCUUCUUAUGAUAUUCCAUUUUCAGGGAGGAUAUGGAAGCAUCUUUCAAGAAAUAUUAAUGGGGAAAAAGUUGAGGUGCCACGUCAGCGUAACGAUUAUGAUUGUGGCCUCUUUAUGGUUUACUAUAUUGACAGGUUUAUUCAAGAGGCACCAGAGAGGUUGACAAAAGAGGGCCUUGGCAUGUUUGGACGCAGAUGGUUCGACCAUAAAAAAGCUUCAGCGCUUCGGGAAGGGAUACGACAAUUACUGUUUGAUCAAUUUGAUAGUGCUUUAGACGACGAUGGAUCAUCGGAGCCAGAGCUUCAUCCAGGUGAAGACAAGGACAUUCGGAUGGCCUGA